UCUAUCCUCUCCUAUUGUCUUGUCCCUCUACUAUUCCAUUGUCCCUUUAUAAUUUUUUCACCAAAAACAGCAAAAAAAAAAAAAAAAAAAAGACUUGUUUUUAAGUUCUGUCCGUCUCUUUCACCAACUGCAUCCAAUCACAUGGCCUGUAUUCAUCGCUCGUAGUCAUAUCAAUCGCACAGCAAAUGAACAAAACAAACCCCAGUAAGUUUCUCCAAAAAAAUUGGUGAAAUUGCAUUAAAUAAAGACCAGUGGUGGUUGUUGUACGAGAAGUAAAUUCUCAUUUGCUUCAUUUAGUGAACGCAAAAACAGUUUGUUUUUCUUCUUCUUCUUCUUCAUAUUCUUCUCUCGAACUAUAAGGAGUGCACGCACAGGCUUUCCUGCAACGGCUUUUACGUCACAGUACACGACUGGGUCGGUUUCAAUUCCCUUUGUCUUUAUUGAGAAAAUUAGACGAUUUAAGAAUCUGGGUUUCGUCCGUUUCGCUGUUAUCUUAAUUGGGUCUUUGAUUUUUUCGAGUUUUUUUGGGAAAUUCGAUUGAUGGAAUUGCAAUUGGUGAAAAAGGGUAUUGAUUUUGCCCGUAAAAGGAAGAAGUGGGUUGUUCUACUUGCCGCUUUGGGGGUCACUGGUUAUGGUGCUUAUAGGGUUUAUCACUUGCCUUCGGUGGCUAGAAAAAGGAGGAGAAUUUUGAAGCUUUUGGGAGCUAUUGUUUCUGUUGCUGAAGCUGUUUCAGACUCUGCUGAGACAAUUGGAAUUGUCUCCAGAGACUUGAAGGAGUUUCUUCAAUCUGAUUCUGAUCAACUUCCAAAUAGUCUUUGGCAACUAUCGAAAAUCGCGAGGUCUGAUGAGUUCUCAAGCUCUUUGAUUAGGCUUACUCAGUCUCUGACUGUUGGAAUUUUAAGGGGUUAUCAAUCACAGAGCAAUAGUGAGGGAAAAGAUGAAUCUUCGGUAGUAAAUUCGAGCUUUGCGGAAAGGAUUAUGGAUAAGGUCUUUUCAAGUGCCGGUUCUGGCUUUGCUUCUGUUGUUGUCGGAAGCUUUGCUAGGAACUUGGUGCUGGGUUUCUUUUCAGCUGGCCAAAGUGAAACUUGUGGAGAGCCAAAUUCGAAGACUUCUUCGAAUAUGGACCGUUUUGGUUCGGAGAAGAAUCCUGUUCCAGAGUGGAUGAAUGUGGUUUUCAGUGAUAAGUGCAGAGACCUAAUUGGUGAUUGUAUCCAGGUUUUUGUGAGCACGGCUGUUGCUGUUUAUCUUGACAAGACCAUGGAAGUCAAUACUUAUGAUGAGCUCUUCUCCGGGUUGACCAACCCGAAACAUGAAACGAAAGUGAGAGACAUGUUGGUAUCCGUCUGCAAUGGAGCUGUUGAGACUCUUGUGAGAACAUCUCAUCAGGUCUUAACGCGUCCAACUUCCAAGGAGAACCUUUUCAAGACGAACUCGGCUUCUCAUUUUGCUAUCAUCGAUGAAAGCGCGAGAACUCAGGCCAAAGUAGUGGAGGAGUUGAAUCAAGAAACACCAAUGAGCGAAAGCGAUGAGAAGGAUGAUAAUAAUGGUAGCGGUGGGUGGGUGAGCAAGGUUUCCUCUACUUUGGCAGUACCAAGCAAUAGGAGGCUUGUUCUUGAUGUCACGGGGAAGGUCACAUUCGAGACGGUGAGAUCGUUCCUCGAGUUCUUGUUGGAGAAACUGUAUGAUGGUGUGAAGAGCUGUGUCAACACUGUUCAUGAGGCUGUUGUUGAGAGGGGUCUUAAUAUUAUGAGAUAUGUUGCUGCUAAGUCCUCUGUUAUAGCAACUAUAUGUCUGUCUUUGUGUUUGCACGUAACGAGUAGUACUUGGUUGUUGAUGCCAGCUUGACAUGCUAAGCAUACAAGUUUCUUUGUAAUUCAAUAUAGUGUAGGCUCAAUAUUCUUUGAUGUAAACUGCUUGCUUUAUCCAUUUAUAAAUUACCUUGUCUGUA